AUGACCGUCAAGCUUUUUCAGAAUGCUCUCUUCUUUACAGCUCAAGCGCAAGAGCUAGACGCCACAAGCUUGCUCAAGCAAGAUUACUCGGAUUUGGCCGCUAUCCACAACAGGUUCGCCGAAUGUAUUGCGGUGGAGGACGGCAAGCUCGCCUAUGUCGGUGAUGUAGCCGGCAUACCUCCGGAGCUCAAGCGGCGCGCAGAAAAGGUCGACCUGGGCGGAGGCAAGCUCGUCGUGCCCGGUUUCAUCGAUGGGCACACCCACCUACUCAACUUUGGCCAGUCGCUCGACAAGAUCGAUGUCGGCAAAUGCAAGAAUCUCGAGCAAAUCCAACAAAAGAUCAAGGAGGCUGCCCAAGCUAAGCCCGAAGCGCCGCGCAUUCUCGCUGCCGUGUGGAUGCAGAACAGCACCGACGGCAAAGCGCUCGCUUCUUGGAUUGACGAGGUGGUUCCCGACCGUCCUGUUUACAUCGAAUCCUUUGACCUCCAUUCGCAUUGGUGCAACACAGCGGCGCUCAAAGAGCUCGGCAUCACGGAUGAAACUCCCGAUCCGGAAGGCGGACAGAUCGUACGCGACCCAGAGACAGGCAAAGCUUCCGGCCUGUUGCUCGAGAUGGCCAAUAUCAUCUAUGUUUGGCCCAAGCUUGCCAACAUGGCGACAAAAGAGGAGCAGGAGGCGAGCUUCAUGCGAGCCUGCGACUCGUACCACGAGAGCGGCUUCACCGGCGGCAUCGACAUGGCCAUGGAUCCGCUCUCGCUCGACUGCAUCCUCCGCAUCAAGCACAAGAUGAAGGGAAAGCUCCCCAUCCGUGUAGCAGCGCAUUGGCUCGUUCGACCCGAAUCCGAUAUCGACGCAUGCAUCCAACAGGUCAAACACGCAUAUGAGCUCAGCAAGAAACACAAUGACGAGUGGUUCCGUGUCGUAGGCAUCAAGCUCGUCUGCGAUGGAGUCAUCGACAGCUGUACGGCCGCGUUGAAAGAGCCGUACUAUAACAAGACCAAUGCCGACGUCAUGUGGCCGUUGCCUCUGCUUUCUUCCGUGGUUCAGUAUGCUGACUCGGUCGAUCUUCAGGUCGCCAUCCAUGCUAUUGGAGAUCUCGCCGUUCAUACUGCCGUCGAAGCCAUUGCGACUCUUGGCCAAGACUUGGCUGCCAAGGGACUCUCGAUCCGUGAUCGUAGACAUCGCAUCGAGCAUCUCGAGCUGACAGAUCCCAAGGACGUUGAGAAACUCGGCAAACUCGGCAUCACUGCGAGCAUCCAAGGCGUUCACUGCGAUCCGAGCAUCAUGGAAGGCUGGUGCAAAAUGCUCGGUGACAAGUACAACGAGGGACGCUGUGCCAGAGCGUUCGCCUUUCGCGAAUUUGUCGAGGCAGGUGCACCCAUCGCGCUUGGCUCGGACGCACCGACGGCGCACCAUUGGAUCUUGCCCAACCUGCACACCGCUGUCACACGACGUUCAGGGAGAGAACCUGGAUUUGAAGGCAGGACGACGCCGCAGUUCGCUUUGCCGCUCGCUACCGCCAUGGCAGCGGCGACGUACGGGGCGGCACACAGUUGCAAGGCCGAGACAUGGUCGGGCACGUUGGAGAAGGGCAAGAGCGCAGAUUUUGUGGUUCUCGACACGGACCUUUUCAAGGAAUAUGGUUCGGGUGACAAGGAACAAGUCAUCUUGAAGACUAAGAUCCUCCAGACCUGGCUCAAGGGAGACAAGCUGACGCACUGCUCAUACAGAGAAGCUGGCAUCGACACGCGUCGGCACAAACGGCGAAGUCACCGAGGUGAAGAUACUUCAGAGAGAGGUGCGGUGAUCGAUGACGACAUUGUCGCGUCUAGCAGCCUCCUCACACUUGCCGCAAAAUCACUCUGGUUCGUGAUGCAGGGGCAACUGGGAAUGCAUAGCAUCCGCCUUGGGUUAUGGGGAGUACACCAGAUGAGAUCUCGGUCGCAUCGGUCCGAACCCACCCAAGAUCAACGAAAUUUCUCCUCAAGAAUGAUGCGGCAUCCUCGAACGAAUCGUACGGUCUUCGAGAUGUCCUGA